GUAUUAUCUAUGCUCAGUACCUAAAAAUUUUGGACAAGAGCCUACGUCAAAGUCGAAGUUAUAAUCUUCCAUCUUUUUCUUCUAGUAUUGACAGCGGGAAGGCAAACAUGUCGGCCCACAAGACAUUUAUUAUUAAGCGCAAGCUUGCGAAGAAGUUGAAACAAAACAGACCAAUUCCCCAAUGGGUCAGAAUGCGUACUGGAAACACAAUUCGUUACAAUGCUAAGAGGCGUCACUGGAGGAGAACCAAGCUCAAGCUGUAAGCUUACUGUCUUGUACCUGUUAAGUGAAUAAAUUUAUUUGAAAACACA